GUCACCGUUAUAUCUGCGACGCAUGCGCGGUGGACGCCGCUUCCUGCUUUUAAAUAAAGUACCUGAGCCACCGGAGGCGGAGUGUUGAUGAUAGUCCGCGAGCCGCGCGCACCGCCGUUAUAUUCCUCUGCCACCUUACCGAACGCGAGCUCACCUGCGCCUCAGGUGUACCCGGGCACACCUGAGCUCACCUGGAUCGCAGCCGUCUGGUCAAUCCCCGCGGACUACAGGCUGCUGACCGCGGCGGCACAAGUGUGGGGGUUGUUUGUUGGAGCAGCAGCACCUGAAGGAGGCGUCCUCCCUCAGGUAACCAGGAACCGAUCCCCCGCGAGCAGCACCCGGUACCCACGGACCCCUUUUGACCUCCCCUCUGGUGUUAAAUCAUGCCCCGGGCCUUCCUGGUGAAGAAGACCGGCGUGUCUCCCGGUAAACGGAAUUGGAGCGAGGUGUCGGACCACGAGCGCGGGGACGUGUAUAUUCCAGGCUCAUUCUACCCCCACCCCAGCCUGAUGGUGGAGAUGGAGGCCUCCCCAGCAGAGGGAGGUCCUCUCUGCCUCAUCAAGCCCCGGGCCCCGCCCAGCGAGACGCCCCCCCUGCAGGCCAUGCUGCCAGCCAGCACCCUGCUGGGACAGCCCCUUCUCUCCUCCUCCCCCCCACACACACCUCGGCUGCAGGAGGAGGAGGAGGAAGUGAGGUCGGAGGUCAGAUUCAGAUCGAAGGCCAACCCCACAUACGUGCGCUCCAAGAUCAAGGUGACGACGGGUCAGUUUCAGAAGAAUCCCUUCCCCCUUCCCUCCCACUCCCUCCUCCUCCUUGUCCUAGUCCUUGCUCCUCCCACAACGUCACCAUGACUCCCGGUGAGGUGGUGAAGAGCAUUGCCGCACCGACGACCAGCUUGGAACAGGGUCAAAGUUCCUUAGCGGGAGCUACAGGGCCGUACACAUGCGAGGUAUGUCAAAAGGGUUUCCAGUACCAGAGGAUGCUGAACCGUCACAUCAAGUGUCACAACGACAGCAAGAGACACCUCUGUACCCACUGUGGGAAGGGAUUCAACGACACCUUCGACCUCAAGAGACACGUGCGCACACACACAGGCGUGCGUCCCUACAAGUGCGUCCAGUGCGACAAGGCGUUCACCCAGCGCUGCUCGCUGGAGUCCCACAUGAAGAAGAUCCACGGUGUGAGCCAGAAGUACGCGUACAAAGAGCGCCGCAACAAGCUGUACGUCUGCGAGGAGUGCGGCCACACGGCCGGCACCCAGGACCAGCUGCUGCUGCACCUCCAGAGCCUCCACCCCGACAGCCCCUGCCUCCGCCACAAGGGGGCGCGCCGCGGCGGCCGAGGGCAAGAGGGCGAAGAAGGAGAGGAAGAAGAGGAUGAGGGGGGGGAGGGCCGAGAGGAGGAGGGGUCUCGCCCCGGGUCACCCCGGGGUGUGGAUAGCGACGACACGAUCGGAUCUACGGGGCAAUGAACACUGUGUGUGUGUGUGUGUGUGUGUGUGUGUGUGUGUGUGUGUGUUUGCCAUCAAAAACAAUAACAGUAACAGGCACUACUCCCCUCCAAAAAUUUGGUGUCUGUGUCUGAUCGCGUGCGUGUAUGUGCCUGUGUGUGUGCGCGUGUGUAUGCAUGAUCCAUUGGAUGUAUGAAGGGAUUAAUAGAGGUAGGGAGGGAUGUGUGAAUGGGUGAGGGCUUGUUGGAAAUGUGUAUUUAUAUUGAUUCAGAAGAAAUUAUGCCUUGAAUGAGAUUAUGAAAAAACAUUCUGCCAAGUAUAAAAAGUUUCCAGCCAUAGUGAGUCCUUAUGAACGGGAUCUGUGUGUAAAUAUCCCUGUGGGUCCUUUUGUACAGAGAAAUUACAUUUUCUAUGAAUGUUAUCAAUUAAAGGGAGUAAUAUAUUGUGCAAAA